CUCCCGGCCUCUCCCCGCGUCCCCGUCAGCCCACCGGGAGCCGCCGCUGCCCGCCCGGACCUGGCUCCGGCUCCGGCUCCGGCUCGGCUCGGCUCGGCCCCGCUCGGGGGCGCUGAAUAAAGCCUCGGGGCCCGCCCGCUGCCGGCCCUCCCUUCCCGUUCCCCUCCCUUCUUCCCUCCCUUCCUCUCUCCGCCUGGUGCCGCCACCGCCGAGGAGGAGGAAGAGGAGGAGGAACAUGGCGAAAGCGGAGCAGGUCCUCAGCCUCGAACCGCAGCACGAGCUCAAAUUCAAAGGCCCUUUCACAGAUGUUGUCACUACAAACCUGAAACUCGGCAAUCCUACAGACAGAAAUGUGUGCUUCAAAGUCAAGACCACAGCACCACGCAGAUACUGUGUAAGGCCUAACAGUGGAAUUAUCGAUGCAGGAACAUCAAUUAAUGUUUCUGUGAUGCUACAGCCUUUUGACUAUGACCCUAAUGAGAAAAGUAAACACAAGUUUAUGGUUCAGUCUAUGUUUGCUCCAGCUGAUACUUCAGAUAUGGAAGCAGUAUGGAAAGAGGCAAAACCAGAGGAACUCAUGGAUUCGAAACUUAGGUGUGUGUUUGAGCUACCAGCGGAAAAUGAUAAGCCUCAUGACAUAGAAAUAAAUAAAAUUGUAUCCACAACUGCAACAAAGACAGAUUCCUCUGUAAUGUCUAAAUCAAUAAGUUCUUCUUUGGAUGACUCUGAAGUUAAGAAAGUAAUGGAAGAAUAUAAGAGGCUUCAAGUAGAAGUUCAGAGGUUACGGGAGGAGAAUAAACAGUUUAAGGAAGAAGAUGGACUUCGGAUGAGGAAGGCACCCCAGACAAACAACCCAAUAUCUGCUUCUGCAGCUGCUGUCAAGGAUGAAGGGUUCAGCUCCAGAAUACUCGCUUUGGUGGUUUUGUUCUUUGUCUUUGGUGUAAUUAUAGGAAAAAUAGCCUUGUAGAGGCAGCAUGCUGGAAAUUGUAAAUUGAUUUGAUGGUUCUGCCAUAUCAUUGGAUUAAAUUUAUUCAUAACAAUGUUUAAAAAAAAUUAAUGUAUGACAUCUCACAGGUCUUGCCUUUAAAUUACCCCUGCACAAAUAUUAUGUAACAUAAUCUAGAAAGUUUAAAAUGUACAAUGAAUGAGUGAAUGAAAGAGAAUAAUCUUCAGUGAUGAAGGCAGGAAGAAAAUCAUGAUUUAACACUACAAUGGAAUAUUGUAUAUGUCAUUUUAAACAUUCUUAGACCCUGGUACAUGUUGCUGAAUUACCUCUUUUUAAAAAAAGGGAGAAAAAAAAGGAAAAUAGAAAAAACUAUUCCUCCACUGCUGGAGCUGGCCCUAUUGGAUGUUUGGAGCUGGGUUAGGCAGGAGGUGUUGAUAACUUCUGUAAAAUACGUUAAUCCACCAUUCUGCUCAUAAAUUUAACAGUUUCUGUCAGUGUCUUCAACUCUGUGCAAGUUACCAAUUUCUUGGCACUUAAAUGAAUAGUGAGAAGCUGAGAAGAAUUGUAUGUGGCAAUGCUGAAUGUGCUAGGCAUCAUUAAGAGGCGUAUAUUGACUGGUAUGACGCUCGUUUGGAAUAAAGGUCAAUGCCUUGUUCUCAUGAAGGGACCAAGCUACAUUGCUGUUGGUUCAUUUAGUUGAAUUAAAAUGUUAUUCAGAGAUGUUUAAUGCAUAUUUAACUUAUUUAAUGUAUUUCAUCUCAUGUUUCCUUACUGUCACAAAAUUGACUAAUACUAUAUGGUAUGAAAAGACACCUGUUCUAAAGCCAGUGACUAGAGCUAAAAAACUGCUGCUGUAGUGAUGCGAGAUUCUUCUGCCUCCUGGUGUUUUGGGCACUACACGUAAAUUGUUGGGAGUUUUGAUCAUCCAAGCAUUGGAGAAACAGUGGUCAGGAAACUGUUUUUGUAUGUAAAUAAGUCUAUCUAGGGGAAAAAAUAUUAGUAGUAAACUAGUCCUAUGCCGUAAAAAGACCAAUCCUGUUUGAUGAUGUAGCAUCUAAAAAAAAAAAAAAAAAGAAAAGAAAAAAGGAAUUAAAUAAAGCCCCCAAAUUAAUGUUUCUUUUGUUACUUUUGUCAUGUUCUCAGUUUCGGGGGGGAACAAUGUUCUCUGUCAACUGAAGUUUGUUUAUGGCAUAAGGAAACUAGCAGCCAUGUUUCAGGAAUUUAUUUUUUUUUUCCAGCCUAAUUUUAAAAUCGGUCUGAACAGCCCCAUCCUGAGCAUGCUUUACUGAUUUACCGUGAAAUGUGUUCGCAGUAACUGUGCUGACUGCUGAGGUACUGCAUAACUCCUCGUUUGUCAGCUUAGUUGGAUUCAGUAGUCAAGACACUUGAUAGCGUAUUGAAAGUGAAGCUAAGGUAAUUUUGUUUCUAAGCAUACUUGUAUUACAAAAAACAUAAACUCUGUGUUGGACUUCAAUAGUUGAAAUAGGUUUUGAGCAAGUGAAUUCUUGUGUAAUCCUAGAUGCUAGGUUCAGAAACUGUUGCUGACAAAAUUUUUGUAACACCCUUCAGGAUUAUGAUACAUCUGUAAGAAAUGGCUUCCUCCAUUCCUGCGUUGUUCCUGUGUUUCCUUGAGAAAGGUGUUUGGGUGGCAGGAUGUCUACUACACUCUUCCUACAUCAUUGACCUUUAUAUUUGUUUCUCAACGGUUUCUUGUUUUGCAAGUGCAAAUAAGUGAAAUUUUAUCUGAGCUUUAAUAAGAAAAUGGACUCGGGGAGGGAAUGCUAGCUGGUGUGUUCAGCUCAGGAACACAACUCUGGAAGUACCUUUAGGAGAACCCAACAGAAACAAGAGGUCUGUCUUUAUUCCUUUAAAGUGUUAGUGCCUUCUUGUCUGCUCGGGAUGAAAGGGGCGAAGCAAUUAAGGUGUGCCUGCAAAGGCCAGGGAAGUGGGAGAUGAGCUGGAAAGAACGAAGCCGCAAGUUCAGUGUGACAAAUUGGGCAGAACCGAUCAAGAAAAAGAUGCUUUCUGGGCUGUAGAAGCUAAUGAAAACUUUCCCAGGAAACAUGGUAAAAGAACCCUUUCAGACAGAAAAGUGAUGUAAGUGAUGCAAAAUUAGUUUUCGUGGCUUUGAAGAAUGUAUUUGAGAAAAUGUGCGCUGAAGGGAGACUGGACUACCCAGUACUUUUAAAGGGGCUGUAAGCAUCUUUACCUAGCUAAGAAUGUUAUCAAAACAGGUAAAUUCCUAAUUUGCUUUUAUUUUUUAUUUUUUUUUUUUUUUUUAAGAAAAGGUAUAAACUUGUUUUGGAGUCCUUUGUUCUGCUGAAAAACACCCUCAAAAAAGUGUUUAAAAGAAAUUUGCUGUCUUUGCAGGGCAGAGGGAUCGAAGCGUUAAACUGGUCCCUUGUGAGUGUAUCUAAUAACGUGCCAGGCAAAUUUUACACACAGUUAGCUGCUGAAGUUGGUUUGGCAUGGGCAGCUCCCAGAUGAAGUGGAAAGUCAGCAGAAUGUCUGUCCUCCUUCCAGUGUUCAAUAGUCACACUUCUCAGUGAUCUGUGACAAUUUGGAGCUUCAAGUCAUUUGUGAGCAAAGCUGUUUCUGUUUGCGCUCCAGGAUUGCAAAGAAGUCCAGCAAAAAGAAUGCUCUCAUGCUCUUCUUGGUGCCUUACAAAGGCACAGAGACCAACACACGAGGGACAUUAGGUAGGUAAGGAUCUGUUGAUAACAACCGUAGUCUGCAAUAGGAGCAGGCUCCCAUUAUCAGUCCAAAACAUAAAUUUAACUUUUUAUAUUUUGGAAUUCUAAAAAAAAAGUUUGAGGUCUUUUCCUAGCCAUUUUUGACAACAGCCUAAGCAGGCAGUAGCUCUGAAUUGUAUUGAUAGUGCUUUGCUUUUGCUGGGCUUAAAAUAAAAUGACUGUUCAGUGGAGUCCGUAUUGCCUGUCUGUUUGACCAGGCCCUUCGUUCAUAUGCAACAGAAAUAAAACUAAAAAUAUUUUUUCUUGCGAAGGCUCAUAAAAAGCCAGCUUGUGGAUAUAUUGCAAAAAUAAUUUCUAUAUUGGAUGGAUGUUCUAAAGCCACUUUGUUCUCUUACAAACCAUCCUUUAUUUGAUGACAUCAGAAAUGCUUUCCUGAAGUAUUCAUAGAAAAUGAAUUCUUCUGGAGGGCGUUGUAGAUCUCAGGAAGUUAUGCAUGACACACAGCUUAUAAAUAGGAUUAUUGUCUGGUGUCUUUGCACAACACCAGAUAUUGGAAAAAUGAUAGGAGAAACCAAGUUAUUACUUCUAAUCUAGUUGUUGUCCGUACUGUUCUUUUAGGUUUACUGUUAAUUUUCGAGAAGCCGGUAGAAGUUGCUUGGGUCUCUGCUUUGUGGAGCUUCACACUCCUGACCGCCCUCUUUGGGUCCACAGCACAAACAGAUGGCUAAAAGGGCUUGAAGUCUAGUACUGAGAAAUGAUUGAAAAAAUAACUGUGAAAAUAGUUAAAAUCACAUCUUAAAGUAAAUGUUCUGUGCAUGAAUGAUCAUAAUUAUUGCUCUGCAUUAGCAGUCGCUGAGUGUGAAUGCACAGCUAUGGCAAUGCAUAUGCAGGCUGGGCCCCCGGUUUCAAGCUGUUGUUAAAUAGCCCUAGGGAUCACAGAGAAAGUUAAUACCGUGGAUGUCAUGUCGAGAGGGAUUGAUGUACCAUAAUGUAAUUUUCUAAAAAUACAGGAUUGUAAUAGCUUGGUAAUGGUAUUCCAUGUUAACUUUUUACCAAAAUGCUGGUAAUGGGAUAAAGUUGGAAACUCGCUUCACAAAUUGCUAGAAUUUCUUCUCACCAAUAAAUUAUUAAGGGUGUCUAGUUGCUGCA